AUUGUGAAUUUGGAAGAAAUUUUCUCAGAAAAAUUGGGUGCACGCGUGAACUUUUCCUCCCGUGGGUUUCACGGUGUAGAAAAUCUGUAGAAUGGGUCUCCCUGUAGUUUUCACAUUGAAGAACCAAAACCCCCGGUUCCAGCCGAUCGAGCUGGUGCUUCUAAAAUUGUUCCCCAACAGAUCAUAUCGAACCAUAUUUCUCACAAAAAAAACAAACAAACAGCACUGUGAUUCUGAAGCUGAUUCGAGGUUGGAGAAAUUACUCGAUUUCAUUACUAAUGGCUCAAACUUCAAUUUUUUCAUCCCGAGAUUUCAAUUUUUUCAGACCGAUAUUGAGCUUCAAAUUUGCUUCCCUUCACUCUUUCUAAUGAAAUUCUCUAGCUAACUUUACUUCAAUUUUCAAUCAAAAUUUGGUUUAUCAACACAUUCUGAGACUAAUUUACAUGCUAACUGGAUAUUGGUUCCUCUAAAAGUUACGUGCCUGGUGUCCAUAUGUACUUAGGAAGUGAAACAGAAGCUGGAAUUGGAACUACAAAGUUUGAGGUCUUGAAACGGAUUGGCACUCGCAUCAUGCAUACAAACACCUUAUUUGUGUAAAUAGAUAUUUGGAUUGAAAAUUUAUUGAAAACAGGUGAACUUUCUUCGUUUUGGUCUGCAUGCUGAGGUGAUAACACGCCAAAAUUUCAGCUCUAUUCAAUCCAGUAGAAAAAUGGAUGUUCUACUAGGAUCAAUUGAUGUCCGAGAACUUUUAUCAACUCAAAACAUUGAAGAAUCAUCACCACUCUCAGCUCCAGAUCUUCAUCUCCUCAUUGAUCGUUUACAAAUCCGGUCUCUUCACAUAAAACAGAAAGUAAAAGACUACAUUCUCUCUCACCAAACUGAAUUUUCUUAAAUCUUCUCUACUUGUUCUGAUUCCAUUUCCAAGACUGACGAAAUCUCAACAGACCUUUCUAAUGUUGUUCAACUCCUAUCUAACAAUGGUAUUGAUACCGAGAUCAGGGAUGCAUCGAAGGAAAUUUGUAGUGUAAUGAGAGAUUUGAAGGAGAAUAAUGAGUUAUUGAGUUUGGUGAAGAUAAUUGUGAAUCUGGUGGAGAGAUUGAAAGUGGUUAAGGAGGAUUUAAAGGUUGGGGAAUUGAUAAAUGCGGCGGAAUCUUUAAGAGAUUUGAAGAAGGAUUUGUUGAUUCAUGAUGAUGAUCGAAAGGAGGUUGGUGAUAAGAGAGAACCUGUUGUUUUUGAAUUGUUGAGGAAGGAGUGGUUUGAUUGUUUUGAUGAGCUGCAAGAGGUUUCUGUUAGGGUUUUGAGUAGUGCAAUACGGUUUGAUUCUGGUAAUGGCAAAUUAAGAGUUGUGUUUAAGUUUGGUAUUGAGAAGAUGAAAAAUGUAGAGCUUCGUAUGGUUUUGACAGCAAUGGAGAUUGCAGGAGUACUUGAUUAUGGGCUUGCUAAGGUGGCCGACUUAAUGGUCAAAUACAUAAUAAUUCCAACAGUAAAUGCUGAGUGUAAUUUCCACCUCGUAGAAGAAUUACUUCCUAACUGUGGACAAAUGGAUGAGGCAAUCCUCAGCCUAGUCGUUUCCUCUUCUGAUUCUAAGGUUGAAACUGCAAACAUUUAUUCUAGGCUAAUUCAGGUUAUAAAUUUUAUCCACAAAACAGUAUGCUUCCAAAAUGGUAGAUGGAUGACGUGUUUUGGAAGACUGACAUGGCCAAGGAUUUCAGAUCUGGUUAUUUCCGAGGUCCUUUCCAAGGCCGUUCCCGAUGAUGCUUCAAAAAUUGUAGAGUUUCAGAAGCUCAUAGAACUUAUAACCGAGUUUGAAGCUAGUUUGAAGGAUCUGAUGUUCAUUUCGGCAACUGAUAAAAAGGAUGAAAAGUUGAGCAGUUUUGUUCAAAAUGUCGAGGUUCACUUUGCAGCGAGGAAGAAAAAGGAAAUUUUGACAAAUGCUAGAAACUUACUUCUUCUUUUUGAUUCCUCCAAUCCUUCAGACUACACGAUUAAACUUCCUAGUUCUAAGGCUCGUCAAGUUGCUGGAAUAGUUUCUGAGAAACCUGUCAGUUUGCUUUUUCUUCCAGAGAGGUGUAUUAUCUCUAAAGCAGCAUCUAAACUAAUGGAAUUAGUGCAUCAAGCACUUCAGGAUGUCUGCCUCUCAUCUGCAAGAGUGGCCAUGGAAUUCUAUCAUGCUGCCAGAGAUGCGUUAUUUCUGUAUCAAGCAAUCAUGCCUGUGAAGCUAGAGAAGCAGCUUAAUAAUGUCACCCAAAUUGCCGCACUCGUCCACAACGAUUGUCUUUUUCUUGCUCAGGAGGUUCUUGGGCUUGCCUUUGAGUAUCGCCCAGAUUUUCCCAGUUGUAUCAAAGAACAAGCUGUGUUUGUUGAUAUCACACCAAGGUUUCAUCAAAUGGCAGAUGAAUUGCUCCAGAAACAAAUCCAACUAGUUUGUAUAAACUUGGAAAAGGCAAUCGAUGGGGCUGAUGGGUUCCAGAAUACACAUCAACUGCAACAAUACGAAUUUGCAAAGUCUAGUAUAGAUCAGGUUGUUUUCAUCCUUGAGAAAGUGCGCAGCAUGUGGGAGCCACUUUUUCUGCAAUCGACUUACCAUAGUAGUAUGUUUAGUGUUCUGGAUUUUGUCUUUUCUAUAAUAACGAAAGACAUACUUCUGUUGGAUGAUAUGGCAGCGGAAGAGACAUUACAGCUUCAGAGAUUGAUCUAUUUGACGCUCGAGAAUCUCGCAUCUGUAUUUCAAUCCGUAAUUUCUGUAAAUGAGAAAGAGGAUUCACAGGAUGUUGCUACACUUGAUCUGAUAGAUGUGCUUAUUCCAUCUUUAUGUAAACUCCGCAAGCUAGCAGAUUUACUAGACAUGUCUUUAAAAACCAUUGCAGCAUCUUGGGAAUGUGGAGAACUGGUUAGUUGUGGUUUCACACCAUCUGAGGUAGAAAACUUUAUUAGAGCAAUAUUUACAGAUUCACCUCUACGGAAAGAAUGUUUAUGGAAAAUCGAAAGUGUCAGUCUCUACCACAAGAUUUAACUUAUCGGGAACACCCUUGUAGUAGAGAAAGUUAAAUGUUUGCACAUCCCAUCAGCUAAACAAAGAUAUUAAUGUCCUCUGGAAAAUGUUAAGUGUUGCAGAAAGACCAGGGCAGGAAUAGUUUUGAGUUUGUUCUUGCCGUAGAUUAUGACAAACAGGUGCAACCUGUACACCCAGUGAUUGGCACAGUAGACAGGUACAUCCAGUCGGUGCAAGCAAGUGCAAUGCAAAAUCAUAAGGAAAUUUGGGAUUAAAAAUAGUUCAAGGCUAACAUUACAGAUGUACAGUUUGACGAACUUGAAAAUGGGCUAAGUGAAUGGUGUGGGCUUCUUCUAUGAGUCUGUGUUCUCAAGUCGCACGCUCCCCAUGCGCAAGGGCGUUCAGCGAGCCACAACAUGUCGACAGAUAUUUGGUCUCCUCAGCGUUUAAAAUGUUUGUUCAACACAAUUUAAUUGAAAGAGAAAUGGCCAGUACAACGUAAGAUGGGAUAGUUCAAUAACAAUGGUGGUUGAAUGGAAAAGGCCAACCUUGUCAAAGACUAAGCUAAGCGACUAAGAUACCUUCAAAUUUGUUUGGAACAACAAUUGGCAACUCCCAAGUCCUGUCUUUUUUUAAAGGCAGAACUUCCCAGAAUACGACUCCACUGUCUACUCAAGUGUGUCGUCAACUCAGUAGUCAUUUCUAGGCACUUCGUUUUUCUAGCUCACUUAGACUUGACUGCAUCAUAGUGGGGCAAAUCAAUGCUUGAUAAGGUUUUAACAAUUAAGUGCCUUGAUAGAUUAGUUAACGACAUAAAUUAUAACCAUAUGGCAGAGCUAUUAGCCACAACUAUCACAUAGCUGAAAAUAGCAGUAUUUGUUUUCUAUGGCAUCCCAAAACUAGUACUAGUAUUUAUUAGAAAAAUAUAAAUUAAUUAGCUAUUGGACAAAUGUAGAAUAGACACAGAGAGAAUCGGGUAUUGUGACAUCCUUAGUUUGAUUUUUGAAACUGUGUCGAUAAAUUUGAUAUAGACAGACUUGUGGUGUGGCCUGUGGGUUGUGGUUCUCUUGAACUAGUGUGU